AUGUCUUCUAUUAUCUUGGUAGCUGAGAAAGAGAAUGCUGGAAAGGAAUUUAAAUUGGAGAACAUAAAAUUCACAAAACUGUUCGAACCACAGAAACAUACAGUUCUUCCCAGAUCAGCUUUCGGCCCUCACGUCCGUCGUGAAGAACCUCGGCAACACCACGCGAGAGACAAGCUCGAUGUUGCGGAUCUUCAGUCCGGCAUAGGAGAUGAAGAUGAGCGCCUGGAUCGUGAGGGCUUCGGAGACGAAGAUGUAUGCGAUUGCGAUGAGAGGGAAGGAGAGGAGGAGAACGAGGCCGGGAAUUUCCACUGGCCUGAUUUCUGGACUGAAACAGAGGAUGCAGUCCGGAGAGCUUAUCGUACAACUGAUGCUUCUAUUUUGGACAAAUCAUUAGAGUUGGGUAAAGGAAGUUCAACUGCAGUUACAACAAUCUUAAUUGAUUGUCAGAAGCGGGUGGUAGCUAAUGUUGGAGAUUCAAGGGCUGUCGCCUACAAGAAUGGUGUGGCCAAACAAUUGUUAGUUGAUCAUGAGCCUAACAAGGAAAGGACAUAUAUCGAGGACAGAGGUGGUUUUGUAUCAAAUUUUCCAGGUGAUGUUCCACGAGUUGGACAGUUGGCCGUAGCAAGAGCAUUUGGUGACAAAAGCUUGAAGAAACACCUCAGUUCAGAACCAGAUGUGUCUUUGGAGAUUGUAGAUGAAGAUACAGAGUUUGUCAUCUUAGCAAGUGAUGGCAUAUGGAAGGUUAUGAACUCACAAGAUGUGUGUGCAUUGAUUAAAAUAGUUGUAACCAUCAUAUGA